CAAACUCAGAGUGGUUGCACAUCCAGUGGAUUAACGUGAGACAAAUAUGCUGAAGAGAAAACCAUCUAAUGUGUCUGAUAAGGAGAAAAGUCAAAAGCCAAAGCGCACAAGCAGCUUUGGAAGCUUUGACCGUUUCAGGCAUCACUCGAUAUCAAAGACAGAUGAUUCAGCUGAGAUAUCUGAGCUGGAGACUAUAAGUGACAUUGGGGAAGCAGUGCAAAUCAAAGCAGCAAAUAAUGGAGGAAGUCUGAGUAAGAAGAUGAGAGCCAUUUCACUUACCAUGAAGAAAAAGAUGGGUAAAAAAUACAUCAAGGCACUCUCUGAGGAGAUGAAUGAAGAGGGAAAAGAUGACAAUGAUCCUGGUGGUGGAACACACACUGAGAAGGUCUCCCUAAAAACCAGUGACUCUUUGGAAAGCCUCUACAGUCUGAACAGUGGCCAGAGCUCAUCUAGUGGGGUGACCAGCUGCUCCGAUGGCACGAGCAACAGGGACAGCCUCCGGCUGGAUGACGAGGUGCCGUACAACGGGCCCUUCUGCGGCCGAGCCAAGGUCCACACUGACUUCACACCCAGUCCUUACGACACCGACUCACUCAAAAUCAAGAAAGGAGACAUCAUAGAUAUCAUCUGCAAAACUCCCAUGGGCAUAUGGACAGGCAUGCUAAACAACAAAGUAGGAAAUUUCAAGUUCAUUUACGUGGAUAUUAUAUUGGAAGAAGAAGCUGCACCCAGAAAGAUAAACCCACACAGAGGAAGCAAAAGGACCAAGCCUAAAACAUUGCAAGAGCUCCUGGAAUAUGUCCACCUGCAGGAAUAUGCCUCAAGCCUCCUGCUGAAUGGCUAUGAAACUCUAGAGGACUUAAAGGAUCUACAGGAAAGCCACCUUAUUGAAUUAAAUAUUUCGAACCCAGAAGACAGGGCAAGAUUGUUAUCAGUAAUUGAAAAUCUCCAGGACUGUGACAUUGAAGACCAGCAGAAAAGUGAGGGUGGUCAGGAGAUGCAGAACUCAAGCCCUCACCAGAGUUUUGACAAAUCACAGUUAAAUGACUGUCCAAGAGAUUCUGGCUGUUACAUCUCAUCAGAAAAUUCAGAUAAUGGUAAAGAAGAAGCAGACUCAGAAGCUCUGUCUGACAUGGUGCAGUCAAUAACAAUCAGUGAGUCAAACUGAUUCAGUCCUGCUGCUUUUCUGCAGGUUUUCAGAAAAGACAAUCACGUUUUUCAGCAUGAUGGCACAGAAGCAGAACACAGAAUAUUCUCAACACUGAAAAUCUACCUUUUUCUGAUUCAUGAUGCUCUAAACUGUUUCAUAUGUGUGCACUUGAUAGCUAAAUAGUUGAUAAUAAGAAUUUCUCUUGUUUUUCUUUUGAAUGAAUCCACAGGUAUUUCCCUGAAAAAGUUUAUACAAGAGUAUUUAUAAAUAUUUGUACAGCAAAUGCAUUUUCUACAACAAUAGGGAAUUUUUUUAGGCAGUGGUUCAUAAUCUGGAGAUGUUCAUUUAUGGAACUGUCAAAAAUGUAAAUAUUGUACAUAUUUAUUUUAAACAUAUAUGGAUUAAUCACAUUGUCUCUAUUUUCAGCCGUGUUUUGCUGAUUUGUGUACAGAAUGCAUUUUCAUUCAUAUAUCACCAUAAUAAAAAGGUGGAUAUGGUCACACCCUACUUCGAAAAGCACCAAGCCAAUUCUCACUAAUACAACAGCUGUUUCACACCACUUUUCUCCAAAAUGAGCUCUAAAGUAGGCUGUCAUUUCCUGUACUUUUUCCUGGAGGCAUGAGAGAACAGUAGGGUGAAUCUGAAUGCAGCUCUUUGUGAUCCUUGUCUUGUGGAAGAACAGAGCCAUUCGAAUGGCUUAUGCAGUGGCAAAUUUUUUUAUGUCUCUUUUCACACCUGCUCUCACUUGUCCCAAGCAUUAUAUACAGAAUUCAGACUUGGAUAAAAAAAAAAUUAGGAUCAAUGCUAUGCUUUUAUGAUAAUAUUUUGUGAAGAUGUUGCCUUUUGUGUGUGGUGUGAAGUUUGUUAAUAGAGUAUUUGUUUGUAUACAGAACUCGGAAGCUAACAUGGUUAUUGUACAGGACUGACUUUCAUAUGAGAUUUUAUUGUCUUUCCCCAGUAUAUUUCUCACUGGAAUACACAUUUUAACUGCCUGUCUUCUUUUAGAGUGCUUCCUUCAAUAAUAAACAGAAUCAUGUGUU